UAUAUCUAUCUCCCUCUACCUUACUUCAUCAGGCAUCUCUCGUCUCUCUCACUCUCACUGCGUGUCCCACUAUUUUCCCUAAACGUGCUGGGCACUGUAGUUAUCAACGGAGCCUGAUUAUUUGAACAAGUUUUAGUGAGAAAAGUUAAAAAACUAUUGUGACCUAAAAAUAUAGGGGCAGUAGUGCAAAUGGGUCCUAGAGUGCUUUGUCUAGCUUGUUUUGAUCGCGUUGGUUAAGACAAAGCGCCAAAGUGGAGACACAUCAAGAAAGCAUGGAAUCUGUCAACGGCACAGCGAUCACGAGGAACUCUGAUUCUGGCUAUUCUAAUAGCUGCAGCAACACCAAUUCAAGAAAAAGCGCUAGCUCAAAAUCAAAGCAUAGCGAGAGCAAUUCGAGUGGCAGUAGCGGAUACUGUGGAGCAGGAGCUACGGAUGCAGUUGAUCCGAAAUCUGCUGAACAGGCCUCUGCUACCGCUGAUGGAACAUUGGAUAUUACCAAGCGUACGACCAAAGACGAUAGGGCUGAUCUUAAAAAGAAACUGAAGAGCACUGCGAGCUCGAGUCACUCUAACGUAGCUGUGACUACAGUACCAUCAGGAACUAGUAAUAUCGUAACCAUUCCAGAGGAAGAUCCGUCUUCUCAAAUUGCUAAAGAACCAACCACCGAUACCAAUAUGGUUGUGGAAAUGGUAGUUCCUCCAACAGCACCCGAGGACGCCGUGGUAGCUGAGGAAGUUGCUGAAAAAGCUGAGCAAAUCGACGACAAACAACUUGAUGCUCUUGUUUUGCUGCAACAGGACUUGACUAUGCCUGGUAACAAUACAACUUCCACCAUAGGUAAUAGAAAUACUUAACAUCUAAAAAAAAAAUCUAUUUUGUUCGUCCUUCAAUCACACAUGCUGGCAAGAUUUUUAUCCAACAAUCAGAGUAUACUUUCCCGAAAGUUUUUGAUACACUGAAUCCGAAUCCGUAGCCCAAAUAUCUCAACUGGUUCUAGUUUUCAAGAUAUAUCAACCUAAAUGUGCAGAAAUAGGGAUUUUUGCCUAUAUUUGAGAUUAUGUAGCACUGCAAAUUAUUUCUUUAAAAUAAACCAUAGUUCUCUUCUCAUAGUACAAGCCUUGCCCUUUGAAAUGCGUUAAAUUUGCCUAAAUGUAUAUUUAUUUAGCUGAGGUAUGGCACUUUGAAAUUUUAAUUUUUUUGAUCUAGAUCGGUUCAGCUUUUACCGGAAGAAAGUAAUUUUUAUCUUUAAAGUCUGUGCAAUUAAAAGUGAGAUCGUUUAUCUCGACCUUGAAAGUUGUGGUUUGAAUUAUAGUACACAAAAGAUUUCUUAACAAGUAAAAUACUAAAAUACCCAUAAAUGCGUAAAUUACCUAAAAAUUACCCAAAUCACCAGUUCAUUAUACUUUGAGAUGAUGUGUAUAGUUUUUAUUGAAUGAAUUUAUUGUUACUUGACUCGUAAAAAAUCAAAACAACGUCCUUAAACUUGACAAUUAUAUGUACAAAAUAUUGCGCUUGAAGCCGUAUGGCCGAUAGUUAGCGUUUGUAAAGCUGAAUCUCGAUAUAACACAGCCUCCGUGGUAUGUCCAUUUUUUGUACGGUAGCGGAGAGUCCGAUUACAACUGACAUCGUGGAGAAGGAGGCGCAAGCUGACAAUGCAGGCCAGUGGAACAAAAAUGCCGCACAACAUGUCCAGGAGAUGGAGGAUAAACAGUCUUCAAAAACUGGGACUGCGCAACCGCCACCUAAUUCUGAAAAUGAGGGAAAUGAGCAAAUGAUGAAUAGGACACUACCAGAGAAUGGAUUCUGCUGCGUGAUCUCUAUGUACGACGGUGUGGUGCUUUACACGACGCCCAGUUUGACUUCUGUUCUGGGGUUCCCCAAGGAUAUGUGGCUGGGCCGUUCCUUCAUCGACUUUGUUCAUCCUAAGGACCGCGAAACGUUCUCUAGUCAGGUCACCACAGGCAUUGCUUUACCUCUGGUAGACGCCCAAAGAAAAUACAAAGAUUACAAGAAUAGCCUCUACGUGUGUCUAAGAAAAUACCGCGGUUUGAGGUCAAAUGGGUUUGGAGUGAUGGACAAAGGUGUGUCAUAUCAAGCAUUCCAACUAAAUGUCAAAUUUAAACAUGUUGCUGAGCCAGCCCCUGAGAGCAAUUGCUUGGAUAUCAAUAGGGGAAUGUUUCUGGUCGUCAUCGCUAUCCCAGUAUACACGUGUUAUAAAGUUCCAGGAGAGAGAAAAAAGUCUAUGAAGUUCGGGAUGCGUCAUACUGCGUCCUGCACCUUUAGUCACGUGGAUCCUGAUGUGGUAACCAAUUUCGGAUUUCUACCCCAGGACAUGCUGGGCAAGUCAGUCUUUGAUUUCUACCAUCCCGAAGAUAUGCCAUUCCUUAAGGAAAUCUACGAGUCUGUGAUGCAGACGUGUCAUAUAGCUGGAUCAGUGCUUAGAAGUAAACCAUACCGAUUCGCGGUACAAAAUGGCGGAUACGCCAUGGUAGAAACCGAAUGGUCAAGCUUCGUGAACCCUUGGUCUAGAAAACUGGAGUUUGUGACUGGACUGCAUCGAGUCCUAGAGGGUCCACCCAAUCCAGAUAUCUUCGAAACGUGCUCUCUCAAAUAUAUCGAAAACGUGUCUGAGGAAGUUGUGAAAGAAAGCAAGCUUAUUCAAGGCGAAAUUUUACUUUUACUGAACAAGGAACUGCCAAGACCAACCGAAGCUGCUAAGCACGAGGUUUCGAAACGUUGCAAAGAUCUGGCCAAUUUCAUGGAAACUCUGAUGGAUGAAGUCAAUAUUCAUCAGCUAGAGUUACCACCACGUAUCGACCUAACCACAUCGCCAGCACCGGCAUUGGUUUUGCCACCAUCACAAUGUUCUGACCACCAGAACCUACAACAAUCAAUUCAGCACCUUCAAGAUGAUCUUCCACCUUAUCACAAUGACUACCACAAUCACUAUCGCCACAAACAGUCUUGUACCAAAACCACUACCACAUCGCCACACAACCAACAGCAGUCCUUCCAUGAUGGACAUCACCUCUUGCAGGAACGUGACUCAGUGAUGCUGGGCGAGAUCUCCCCCCACCACGAAUACUAUGACAGCAAGUCGAGCAGCGAGACGCCCCCUAGCUACAACCAGCUGAACUACAAUGAGAACUUACAACGCUUCUUCGAGAGCAAACCCAAGACCACCGUGUCCGAUGAGAGUGCUGGAAGCAGUGGAGCUGGUGCAGCUUUGAUACAGACUGAUUCUGGUGGAGAGUCGGAUGCCAAGCCUUCGGCUUUCACCCACUACCAGCAAGCGUGUCAGAAUUCGGCGCAGAAUAAUCCAGGGAACAACCAGAAUGACAAGUGCCUGUCGCCUAUACAAAACAGCGGUCAUAUGAGUGGCAGCGGGAGUGGCAGUGCAGAGAACAUGAGUUCUGCCAGCAAUCCAAAUAUGGAGACAGCAAAGAGCCACAACAUCGUAUCUAAAGAGAGCUUCAAGCCACUACACCUCACCGAGUCUCUUCUCUCCAGACACAAUGAGGACAUGGAGAAAAUAAUGUUGAAGAAACAUCGAGAACAGCGAUUCAGUACCAAAGAAAACAAAAAGUCCCAUUCAAAUAACCACCAUCAUAACCAAAUUUACCAUUACAAUCAGAAGACUGAGAAGUUCCACGCAUUAGAGCGAGCUAACAUCAAUCACAGGAUGGACCAUGCAUCUCCAGUACCAUUACUUCCAGCUCACGGUGUCAAAAGAUGUUGUUCCUAUUCCCCGGAAGGCGCUAGUGACAACCAGCACAAAAUCUCCAAACAUCGCUACAAAUCAGGGGUGGCUAAUCAAAAAGAGGAAGUGGGACAGGCGAGCACCAAUCACGGUAAUGCACAACAGCUGGCUAAGCAACAAGUGAACAUCUACAAGAACCAGCGUCAGGUGCACACACCAAUAGUUUGCAAUGGGGAAAUGUCUUACCAAGCUGGGUUGGGCGAAGUGAACCUAUGGCCGCCAUUCUCAGUAGCAGCAUCUUCGCUGCAGAACACCUAUGCGAGCGUAAACACCACACCAGUGGGCCCAACAGCUUCUGGAGGUUUAAGUACCGCUGCCACACCUGGCAUGUUCCCGGUUUACUAUCUACCAGCUGUUCCGACGACUCAAAGGACGGUUGCAGGUACCACCCAGUAUGGUGAUCCAGCUGCUAUCAUAAAUUCUGGCUCUAGAUACCAAGUUCAGUACAUGCCAGGACUGUUUUACAACCACGGAGUAUCAGCCGCUUCAACCUUAUACCCCUCCUCACCAAUGUUGUGCCCCACCUUACCUGUAAUGCCUAUGCCUAUGCCCAUGCACUUACUGUCCACAUCGGUACGAACAGCUGCCAAUCCAGCAAUGAAUUCUCUUCAAAUGAAUGGGCACAGUAGUGCCGCUAUUCUUCACAACAGUGGCAACGGACCACGGCCUACAGUGGCAAACCAACACUUGGCAGCCAUCGAGCAGAAUGUGUCCAAGCCUGUAGUAAGUGGUUUACAAAGGUUUCAGAGGCGGGCUUCUCAAGAGACCUCUGUUAAGGUAGAACCGGGUAGCGCCAUGAGCAGCGUAGCUUCAGCCAGUCUUGCCAACAAGUGUGUGAAAAAACAGCAUGUGGACAUAUUGCAACAAAGACUGGAUGCCACCAACCACUCUACCACCAUGGACGAAUCUAGUAGCUGCUACUCUUCUUCCUACUCUUCUUUCUUGAAGACAGAUACUGGUACUGGUAGUGGUUCUAACGACGACUACAAUCCUACCAACCCAUUCUACUCUCCAAGGAAGGCAGACCACCAUAAGAAACAGAAUCUGAUGAGAAAAAAUGGAGGCAGCGGGAGUAUUCGCGGUGGAUGCCAUCAGAUGAGAAAAAAGGACCCUCCAUGGCUUGAAUCUGUUCAGGUCUCACAUGACUUAGUCUACCGGUACCAAAUGGCUGUCAGGGACAUUGAGGAUAUUCUUAAGGCCGACCUUGAUACUCUCAAGCAGAUCACCCAGCCGGUGUUAGUGAAUGACCAACUGAGCCAGCUUUACCUUGAUAUGGAGCUAGAAGGGCUGUCCAAAAAGCUUACGCUAGAGGAAGGUAUUACGUCAAGCAGCAGCAGUGGAGAAGACGCUACCAACUCCAACAUCCCUAAGGCAAAAAAGAAGAGGAAAAUGUACAGCUCCUCAGUGAUCAUUUACGAAGAGAACGUUCCCUUGCCCUCACCGAAUGACAACCUCUAGACACCUGAUCCUUUCUACAAAUGUCACAUUUCUAUUUUUAUACAAAAGACACAGUACAAGCGUUGCUAUGAUCGUGCCAGGAUAUUCACCAAAAACUAUUCUACUGUUUUUGUAAAUACUUUUAUCGAUUGUUAUCUAAAUAUAUAUGACUUAUUUUUAAGGUCAAAUUCUAUUUUACAGUAUUGUAUUCCUAUUCGUAAGAUGUGCUCAAAAAUGUGCUAUUUAAUGCUCUUAUAUGUUAAGUCAAUUACUAUUACUUAAGUACAUG